ACAGAUAAGGACAAGUUUUUCGAGAUAUAAAAAAUACUGUAUGCUAUUAUGGAUGAAGAAAAGGUAGGUUAAAUGACACUAAAUAUUUGGGAAUGUAACUAAGGAAAACGUCAUUUAAGAUAACAUAGGCUAUUGCAAAACAAAUGUCUAAUUCUCUCUAUUAAGUCAAUCACCAGUUUAGCUCUGAUAUGGCUGUAGCUCUAUGAUGUCCUUUGCAAGAAUCUAAUCUGACAUUGACAUGAAAUUCCUAUGUCCUUCAGGUAGUACAGAGAGAUGAUGAGGAUCCCCCGAGGGAGGGGAGGGAGGUUGUUGAGGAAGAACCAGUGGCCCAGCUCAAGAAGGAGCCCAAGAAGACAGGAAAGGCGAAGAGGAAAAGUAGUGCCAAGAAGUCAGGGGAGCAGGGCACUGAUACGGAUCCAGGAUUGAGGAAUAAACACCCGGACAGAGGAUCUGUUAUUGAGCUCUUGGAGAAGAAUGCUCUUAAGGCUGCAUUCGGCCCAGGCAACAAAGAUGAGAUGGAGGACUGCUACCCAAUCCUCAUCUCGUUCAUGCGCAAUCUUACUGAUGAGCAAUGGCAAGUGAUCUAUAAAGGAUUUAAAAAACCUAUGACAAAGGAACAGCUUGCAAAAUUGUGCAAGACCAUUGUCAACUUCAUUGCACAGACCACCCUGCAGAUCCUGCUGCCGGCCCUGGCCUGCAUUCUAGGGGUGACGGGCUUUUAUGACAACGCUGACUCACUCAAGAGGGGUGGCAGUGCAAGAUCCUUCACUGCCUUUGAGUAGAAAAGACUGGAGCUCAUCCAGGAAGUUAAAUAUUUGGCGAAGUAACUGUGGCGGCAGGGCUCUCCGACCAAGGUCUAGCACACCCUCUUCCAAGAGUUCCCAGACCUCACUGAAAGUCCACCUGGGAAUGCCAGAGGACAGUAUCAUCAGCAGUGUCCAGGAGCAACUGUCAAAAUCUGACCAAAUGGUGGCUGCAGGACAGCUUUCACAAAUAGAUAAAGUGGUUGGAACUAUGCUGGAGAACAUUGAGAAGAUAAGCAGCGAAUGUGGCGAGGAAUUGGUCUAUCAAGAGUCACUGCGGUCUUCCUCCUCGUUGUCAUUCUCAACUGCCAAAUCACAGAAGACAGAGUGGGAAUUUGCACUCCCAUUCCUUCUGAGUUACCCGAGAGUACUGCUCAGCCCAUUGUAAGAUGCUCAGUCAUUGACAUGAGCGAAUCUACUAAGCCAAAAACAAUGGUGUGUGAUGCCAGAACAAGCAUGUUUGCCAUAGCCGAUACCAUCAUGAAGAAGGUAUAUCCAGAGGCAGAAGGGCAGGUUACAUCUCACCCUGAUCUAACAGAUCCAAUAGCUAGACUGGAGGAGCUCAUAUCUCAGGGUAGGAUUGGUGCUCUCUCCCGUGAUCUCAGUCACCAAGUCAACCGCAUAAUUUCCGAUAGCAACUUGACCCCUCUGGGACUGACAGUGGCGGCUGGAAAGAGUGCAUCUGAUACCAUCCUUUCGAAGCUGAAGAGGAAUGACAAGGUGGGGAAGCACACAACUUACGAGCUGGUUCAGCUGUUUGUAGAGGAGUCUGUUAAGUGCCUCCUGCUUCCUAGUUUUGUGCCCUAUUCAACUUCAAUGAGUUUGGCUCAGGGGGCCAAGGUGUUGGCUAGAGUGUCUGAAGAUAGAAUUUCUAGCUCUUCUUCUUCAUCAGUAUUUAGUGACACAGUCAGUCUCUUUACCAAAGUUAUGGUAAGCCAGGUCAUGUACUCUGUGGAUUCUGAUGCAGAAAGUAGAGGAUCCUCUCCAACUGAAUCUCUCCAAACAUCUGAAACCACUAUAUCUGAUGUAGGCAAUCUAUUGAGUGGCAAGUCCUCCCCUCGGCUGUCUCCUUCUGGCACCAUUAUGGCAACAAGCGAGACCUCCAAUGCAGCACAAAUCUUAAAGGCCAACAUUGAUGGAGAGGAAGUGGAUUCCACCAGUCAUUCUGGUGUAGCUCAAAACAUUGUCAGGGACGAUAUGUCAACCAGCCCAGACAUGGUCAAAGAUGUCACACUUCCAACCCCAUCCUCUGAUAACUUGGGCAGUGAUGAUGACGUCACCGGCCUCAUCAGCAUGUUAGUAAUGAGAAUUCUAACAGAAAUCCAAACCCCAGCAGAAGAUUACCCAGUUGACGCAAGUCACAAGACCUGAUCCCUAAAGUUAUGGAGGUCUUCUGUGCAUGGUCAGGCUGCUCUGAGACACAAGCCUAUCCAGAGAACUUGAGGAUUCAUAAAGUCUACAGAGUCGUCUAUAAAAAUCUGUUGGAGGAGUUUGGCUCGGAGAAAAUCCUCCAACAGGCCGUGUCGACUCAGGACUCUUCAUUUGAUAGGAUUCUUGUCAAGUCUUUGAGUGAAGCGCUUCUCCACAGAUGUAAUGAGGCAUUGAGGGCAGCCUCAAGAACAUCAGUCAAAACCACUGGGCCUAAGGCUCUUCCACUGGCUGAGGAUGUGAGGGCUAGCAGCGGGAAACUAUCUUUUCUACAAAGGCUGGUCAGGCUGACAAGCAACUUAAAGCUAUUCAAGAAGGGGAACAAGAAGGAUUCCCACCGCUCUGAAUCAGAACAAGUACAGACCACUGCUGAAGAUGGCAUGCUGCCCAGCAUAGUGCCACAUGCCGCCAUGUCUGCACUGCCAAAGGAUCUCCCCGCCAGCUCCCAACAGGAGACGCCUCACAAACGUCCACUUCUCGUCAGGAUGUUUUCUGCCAUCUCCAAAGGCCUGUUCAAGCCCUUCAAACAGUCCUUAAAGACCAAGUAACUUCAGACAAUUUAUUAAAUGUCAUUCAUUGC